AUGACACAGCUUCCUUCCGCGACGAUCAAGCUGGUGGAGAUGCCGAAGGACAUGGAGAACUACGCUAUUCAUUGUGCACAGGAUGGCUUCUCGAAACUGUACACAGAGAAAGAGGUGGCAUCUCACAUUAAAAAGGAGUUUGACAAUAAGUACGGUCCAACGUGGAAUUGCUUUGUUGGACGUAAUUUUGGAAGCUACGUCACACACGAGGCAAAUAAUUACGUCUAUUUCUACAUGGGGCAAAUGGGUGUGCUCCUGUUCAAGUCGUCAUAA